CAUUGAGACAAUUAAAAGUGAGAUUUGAAAAUACAGUCCAUUUGUGAGUGUUUUGAAGUGAUUAUCAAUUGAUGGAUCAAAUCAAGAGUAUUACUGAUGUGUUGAUGAAUACAUCCAAUGGUGUCUGGAAUGGUGUCAAGACAAUUGCCGGUAUUUGGCCCCAAAAGACCGCAACGGAUCCGUUGAGCAAACCAUUGGUGUCGACCACUCGAGCGAUGAGGUUAUCAGAAAUGGCCACAAGAAGAGAGGUGUUAGCGCUUCUUCAGGCGUCCCACUGGACACGGAUGGCCGCCAUCUUCGGCGCCAGUGCUGUCGCGAUGGGUGCCUAUGGAGCACAUGAUAUGGCUGACGAGUAUAAGACGGCUUACGAGACGGCAAAUAAAUACCAUUUCUUUCAUUCGUUGGCAUUACUAGCGGUUCCGUUGACCCGAAGACCACUUAUUGUGGGAACUUUGAUGACAAUCGGAAUGUGCGUCUUCUGUGGCACGUGUUAUACAUACUCAUUGACUCAGAACAAGGAAGUGAUCAGAUAUACCCCUUUUGGUGGCCUCACACUAAUCCUGGCCUGGCUUUCGAUGCUCUUGUAAAUGGCUUUUCGAGGCCUCAUUUCUGAUCAUAUUUUUUUAGUCUAUUUUUCUUUCGUAUCAAUGGUUUCAUAGAAAUUGUGAUUUGAUUUCAUUGUUUGACAAUAAAAAUUGUGAUUUGUAUUGAGA